AUGACAACUUCCCUCCCAGACUUUGGCCUCCUGACCACCUCUCUGCUCACUUGCUUCCUCAGUAUCUUGGUCCAGCUGUCUCCCAGCAGCCUUGGAGCACAGAACCCCAUGUCUGACGCUCCAGCCAUGACCACCAGGACAGCCUUCCUCCUGCUAAUGGCCUUAGCUUCUUCUCGCUGCUUCAACUUGGACACAGACGAGCCAACAACCUUCCGUGUGGGCAGUGCUGGGUUUGGACACAGUGUGGCCCAGUAUGCCAGCUCCUGGGUGGUGGUUGGAGCCCCCCAGGACAUCAAAGCUCCCAACCAAUCGGGGGGCCUCUACCAGUGUGACUACAGCACGGGCACCUGCGAGCCCGUCCCCCUGCAGGUGCCCCAAGAGGCUGUGAACAUGUCCUUGGGCCUGUCCCUGGCGGCCACCACCAACCCCUCCCGGCUGCUGGCCUGUGGCCCCACCGUGCACCAGGCCUGCAGGGAGAGCAUGCACUUGAAGGGGCUCUGCUUCCUGCUGACCUCCCCCUCCCAGCAGGCCCAGAGGCUCCCGGCUGCCCUGCAGGAGUGCCCAAGGCAGGAGCAGGACAUUGUGUUCCUGAUUGACGGCUCGGGCAGCAUCAGCAGCGUAAAUUUUGCCAAAAUGAUAAGCUUCGUGAAGGCUGAGAUGAGCCAGUUCCAGAAGCCCAGCACCCAGUUCUCCCUGAUGCAGUUCUCCAACAAAUUCCGGACACAUUUCACGUUCAAUGACUUCAAACGCAGCUCCGACCCGCUGGGCCUGUUGGAUCGUGUUUCCCAGCUGCAGGGGUGGACUCACACGGCCACAGCCAUCAGAGAGGCCACAAACAAGCUGUUCACUGCCCAAAGUGGGUCCCGCAGGGGUGCCACCAAGAUCCUCAUCGUCAUCACCGAUGGGCAGAAACAAGGCGACCCGCUGGGCUACUGGGAUGUCAUCCCCAUGGCCGAGGCGGAGGGCAUCAUCCGCUAUGCAAUAGGGGUGGGAUCAGCUUUUCAAAAUGAGCAUUCCAGGAAGGAAUUAAACGACAUUGCAUCGACACCCUCUCACAAGCAUAUAUUUCAAGUGGAUGACUUCGAUGCUUUGAGGGACAUUCAAAACCAACUGAAGGAGAAGAUCUUUGCUAUUGAAGGCACACAGUCCGUGAGCAGUAGCUCCUUCGAACUGGAGAUGUCCCAGGAGGGCUUCAGUGCUGUGUUCAUGCCCGAUGGACCAGUUCUGGGGGCUGUGGGGAGCUUCAGCUGGUCUGGAGGUGCCUUCCUGUACCCCCCAAAUAUGAGCCCCACCUUCAUCAACAUGUCCCAGGAGAACAUGGACAUGCAGGACUCUUACCUGGGUUACUCCACCGAGCUGGCCCUUUGGAAGGGGGCACAGAGCCUGGUCCUGGGGGCUCCCCGCCACCAGCACACCGGGAAGGCGGUCAUCUUCACCCAGGCUUCUGGGCAAUGGGUGCCGAAGGCUGAAGUCACAGGGACCCAGAUCGGCUCCUACUUCGGGGCCUCCCUCUGCUCCGUGGAUGUGGAUAGAGAUGGCAACACGGACCUGGUCCUCAUCGGGGCACCCCAUUACUACGAACAGACUCAGGGGGGCCAAGUGUCUGUCUGCCCCUUCCCCAGAGGGCGUGCUCGGUGGCAGUGUGAGGCCUUUCUCCGCGGGGAGCAGGGCCACCCCUGGGGCCGCUUUGGGGCGGCCCUGACAGUGCUGGGGGACGUGAAUGGGGACAGGCUGAUGGACGUGGCCAUCGGGGCCCCGGGGGAGCAGGAGAACCAGGGCGCUGUCUACCUGUUUCACGGAACCUCAAGAUUGGGCAUCAGCUCUUUCCACAGCCAGAGGAUCUCGGGCUCCCAGCUGUCCCCUGGGCUCCAGCAUUUUGGGCAGUCACUGAGUGGGGGUCAGGACCUCACCAAGGAUGGACUCAUGGAUCUGGCCGUGGGGGCCCAGGGGCAUGCCGUGCUCCUCAGAACCAGACCUGUGCUCCAGGUGUGGGGGAGCAUGCACUUCACACCUGCAGAGAUUGCCACGUCCGUGUUUGAGUGUCGUGACCAGGUAGCCCCUGUCCAGGAACUGGGUGUUGCCAUGGUCUGCCUUCAUAUUUAUGAAAGUGCCAAGACCCGGCUUGGGAACCUUGAAAGCUUCGUGACCUAUGACCUGACCCUUGACCCUGGCCGCCUGAAUCCUCGUGCCAUCUUCGAGGAGACAAAGACCAGGAAUCUGACUCGAGUCCGAGUCUUUGGGCUGGACUGGCACUGUGAGACUGUGAAGCUGCUCCUCCUGGCCUGUGUGGAGGAUGCGGUGACACCCAUCACCUUGCGUCUCAACUUCUCCCUGGAGGGCAAGCCCAACCCGUCCUUCAGAAGACUCCGGCCCUUGCUGGCCCUGGACAACCAGAGAUACUUCACGGCCUCACUCCCGUUUGAGAAGAACUGUGGGGCCGACCACAUCUGCGAGGAUGACCUGAGCAUCUCUGUCAGGUCAAGCCUAAAGACCCUGGUGGUCGGGAGUAACCUGGAGCUGAACGCGGAGGUGACAGUGCAGAACGCGGGCGAGGACUCCUACGGAACCACGGUCACCUUCUCUUACCCCGCGGGGCUAUCCUAUCGACACGUGGCAGGGGUCCAGAACCAGCUGCACCUGCGCUCCCCGCGACUGACCUGUGACAGUAGCCCAGCCGGCCACCAGGAUCUCCGCAGCACCCGCUGCAGCACCAACCACCUCAUCUUCCGCCAGGGCAUGCAGAUGGCCUUCACGGUCACCUUUGACGUCUCCCCCAAGGCCAUGCUGGGACUUCGGCUGCUUCUGGUGGCCAAUGUGAGCAGUGAGAAUAACACCCCCAAGACCAGCAAGGCCACCUUCCAGCUGGAGCUCCCAGUGAAAUAUGCUGUCUACACCGUGGUCAGCAGCCACGAACAAUCCACCAAGUACCUCAACUUCUCAGCCUCAGAGGAGAAGGAAAGCAGUGUGGCCGAGCAGCGGUACCAGGUGAACAACCUGGGACAGAGGGACCUGCCCGUCAGCAUCCACUUCUGGGUACCCGUGGAGCUGAACCGGGUGGUCGUGUGGAAGGACCUGGAAGUCUUCCACCCCCAGAACCCAUCAAUUCAGUGCUCCUCAGAGAAAACUGUGCCCACAGAGUCCGACUUUCUGACCCACCUUCGGAAGAAUCCUGUGCUGGACUGCUCCGUUGCUAUCUGCCUGAGGUUCCGCUGUGACAUCCCCUCCUUCGGCAUCCAGGAGGAACUUGACUUCGUCCUGAAGGGCAACCUCAGCUUUGGCUGGGUCGGUCAGACCGUGCAGAAGAAGGUAUUGGUCACGAGUGUGGCUGAAAUCACGUUCAACAGAUCUGUGUAUUCCCAACUUCCGGGACAGGAGGCAUUUAUGAGAACCCAGAUGGAGAUGGUGCUGGAGAAGUACGAGGUCUACAAUACCAUCCCCCUCAUCGUCGGCAGCUCCAUAGGAGGCCUGCUGCUCCUGGCUCUCAUCUCAGCUGCGCUAUACAAGGUUGGCUUCUUCAAACGCCAGUACAAGGAAAUGAUGGAGGGAGCAAAUGGAGAGACAAUCCCGGAAAAUGGGGCAUCAGGCACCCCAGUUGCCCAAUAAGAAACUACUUUAUGUUCUCCUUUGAUUCUGCUCUCUCCUGAGAGGUGUAUCAGCCCUCUUACUCUCACCUAAGCCAGGCCCAAGAAGGAAGAAACCUUCCCCAGGAGGGAGGCUGGGACCAGGCUGCUUUCUCUCUUUGGGAGAAUGUAGUGUGACUGCACAAAGUGCCUUGCCUGGGAGGGACCAUUUAUCUCCUCAGGGUUCCAACCGGAGACCCCCAGCACAGGGUCCCUGCCAUACCUCCCAAAGGAUUUGAUCUGGAAUUUCUACUAGAAAUACAUGGACAAAAAGCCCCUGGUUCCAGUCUCCCUUCCUCCACUAGCCACUAACAAUCUCUAAAACACAGUACUGAACAAGGCCACUCUUCCUCAUCCAUCUUCCAUGGCUCCCCAUUACUCUCAUUCGAACCCUUCAGCCCAGUGUUACUAGUCCAAUUCCAUCUCUGGAAGGUGGGCUUCAGAGCAAACAGUGUAAGGUGCUCUGUGCCUCCCUAUGAUCCUCAUUUCUGGUAAAAUAUGUCAGUAUUAGCUCUUAGCUUCAUUGUGGGAAUCUCAGUUCAGUUUUCCCAAACUGCAUGGGAAUGAAACGUCUACACAUUGGAAUUCACAAUCCUGGCUCAUGGUGUUGGUUGGCAUUGCUGGCUGGUGGGGAGGAGUGUUCCCUUGGCCUGGGUGUUGCCCCAAUGCCACUGCAGCUCAGCAUGCAAAUAUAAUAUUAAAAAUAUUAUUUUAAAGA